UCCGGUUUAGACUUAACACGGCGUUGUUGUCUUGUUGUGUGUAUGAAUGAUAUAAAAUGGCUGAAGCAGAACCCGUUGUAAAAGUUGAGGUAACUACUAAAGAAUCCAAGUAUGAAGGGAAAAGUCGCCUCAAACAGGAGCCAGACACACCUGGAAAAAUAAUGGUUUCUGGAAUUCCUAAACAAAAAGAGUAUAAGGAAAGUGAUCUUGAGAAAGAAUUUGCUCCCUAUGGCAGAAUUACUGAAGUGAAUAUAAUCAGAGACAGAAGAAGUGCAUUACCAAGAGGAUUUGCCUUCAUCACAUAUGAGAACCCCCAAGAUGCUGAAGAUGCUAUUAAAGCUAUGGAGGGAAAGGAUUUUGGAGGUGAAGCACCCAUUCAUUGUGAACAAGCAGUGAUAGGGUUAAAAAAGACAAAAAAGUUGAACAGUCUGGAUAAGCUUUCUACCAGAGGAGGACCCAGGGGCAGGAUAUCUCGGGGUGCAGACAGGGGUGGGAGAGGUAGAGGUCUGGGGAGAGAUUUGGUGAGAGGGCGUGGCAUGGAUGGUAGACCCAUGAGAAGUCGAGGCAUGAGAGGUUUUGCUGCUGGAGGAGGUGGGGAUAGAUUUCGUGAAAUGUAUCCAGAGGAAGAGUAUUAUGAGGAGUUUGGUAACAAUGAAGGCUAUGAGGAGUACCCUCCUUCCAGAGGAGGCAUGCAGUUCAGAGGUGGUCCAGGGAGAGGAGGUCCAGUGAGGAGAAUGGCGAGAGGGGGCCCACCAGGAAGAGGAUUCCCCUAUGGCAGGGGUGCCCCUCCACCAUUUGGACGAGGCAUGCCAGGUAGAGGUGGUGGUGCAGGCGAAGAAUAUUCCCAAAGAGGUGCUGGUUUCAGGGGCGGGGCCUCUAGGCGGGCGUUACUUCCUAGCCCACAAGCAAGACGAGGUCGAGGUCAUGUGAGAGGUGGGGAAGAAUACUACGGAGACGAAGGCAAUGGUUAUCAGAAUGAUGAAUACUAUGAGGGUCAAGGUGAAGAGGCUUACACAGAGGGUGGCUACGAGGAGCAGUAUUCAGAAGAAGCAAGUUACCCGAAUGAUUAUUACACAGAAAGACCCGAACCCCAUCCUAGAGGAGCUGCUGUACCCAGAGGUAGAGGAGCACCUCAGCAGCCCAGACAAGUUGAUGAAUAUGGCUAUGGUUAUAAUGAUCUAGCCAUGCAACAACACAGAGCCGCAAGACCACCAACAGCAGCACCUGUACCCAGAAAGCCUAAUAUAGCACCAUCUUAUGGGGAGGAGGGUUAUGAAGAGGAAGAUCCCAGGGUAAUGCAGGAUCCUUAUGGCAGAUCAAGAGGCAGAGUCCCAGCCACUGCAGCUCCCGCACCAAGACCUGGUCGUGGUGUAGCGGUCAACCGUGGGGCAGCAGUAAGCCGUGGUGCAGUUCAGGCUAGGAGAGGUGGCUUACUAAGGCCAGACCCUUACAUGGGGCAAGACGCAUCAGCCGCCUAUGCAGAGGAGUCCUACAAUGAAGCAUAUGCCAGGAGAAUGCCAGCAACUACUACUGUUAGACAACCUGCCCCCAACACAAGGCCGAGGCCCCCUGCUGAUGACAUGUAUGCCACAGAACGACCUCAACCAAAGCCUCAACUUAUGUCAAUAGACCCUGCUGCACAAAGAAGGGGAAUGGCAGCUGCUGCGGCCGCUCGGUAUGCUGAGGAGUACCAGGGUGCAAGUAAUGCUAGAGAGGCUUAUGUGGAAGCUAGGAGACGACGAGCUGAAGCUGAAUAUCGUAUGAGGGAAGACCCAUACAGGGAGCAAAGGGCUGCUGCGGAAACUGAUAUGUAUGUUUCUUAUCCAACAAAUGCAAGGAUGCCCAAUGAACCGGCUGGACGUAAACGGCCUGUGGAUCCUUAUGAAGAAGGAAUGGAAGCUGCAAGGAAUGCAAUGCUGGCUAGACGAGAAUAUGAAGAAUACAGAUCAGGGCAAGCUGCAGUACCUGCUAAAAGAGAGAGGUUAGAUAGAAAUGCCUAUGAAGCUUACUCAUCAAGACAGGAAGGUGUUUACAGGGGACUUUAAAUUAGAUUGUGCUUCAGAUUGAAUUCAACUUCUGACCUGGAUACUGCAGGGGACUAAUGGUUACUCCUUAAUAUAAGACCCUUAGUAGAGAAUAAUGUACAGUCUCGGUUGGUUGUUUAUUAGUGUUGUUGGAAUUUGUAACGAAACCAAAAGCUGAAAGGGUGGUUUCGUGUUUGAAUGCUGAAAACCAGCUUCAAAAAAUGUAUCAUAGCAUAGACGUAGUGUACGUUUCUCUUGAAUCUAGUUAUCCAGAACAUGAGUGUCAUGUACUGGUCUCUCAGUUUUGUUCCAGUUGUAUUUGUUUUAGUCACUCACUGCCAGUCUUCUCUGUGAAGUGAUUUUAUAUUAUGUGAAAAAGCUAUUAAGCUAAGAUUUAUGUUGUACUUAUUUUAUAGCAGUACUAUCAAAUAAUAAAAAUAACCAGUGAUAUCCAAAGCACAGAAAUGUCAAAAAACUGAAACAAAAGCACACAGUGUUACAUAAGAAGUAGGGUCUUACAGUAUUUUAAUUUGUUUUAUAUAGAUCUAGACUUAAAAUAAAACUUUCAUGAAAAUGCAAUAUUUAUUUUAAGCACAAUUAUUUACAUUGGAAAAACAACCAAAAUAAUAAUUUUAGAGAUCUCAAUUUUUUUGUUAACAAAAUUUGCUGCUUACUCAAUAAAUUAGAUAAUUCCUACAUUUUUAAAAUAUAAACACAUAUAAUUUCUGGAUUAAAGAAAAAAUAAA